AUGCCGGUGAGCUUGACUCCGAACGCCAUCACGGCGAUAAACGCCGGAGACGUCAAUUUGAAGCCGUUGUUACAGGUUUUGGAUAUCAAAUUGAUAGGGAAAAUCCAGGAGAGAGGCCAGGAGAGGUACCGUUUGCUCAUUUCCGAUGGCGCGUUAGCUGAGCACGCUAUGAUCGCCGUUCAGCUCAAUGAUCGAGUCAAAUCAGGACAGGUUGUGAUUGGAUCCAUUGUUCAGCUGAUAGAUUACAUUUGCAGCACCGUUAAAAAUCGCAAGCUGAUUGUGGUGCUGAACAUGGAGACGAUAAUACCGCAGUCUGAAACAAUUGGGAACCCCAAAAUGUCUCCAGAAUCAGAUGCAGAAGCCCAAAUCCCACUUUCAGCUCCUGGCUCCAUGCCACCUCCGAAUAGAGCUGUUUUUAAUGAACCGGCGAUUCAGCAAUCUGUAAAUAAAGCACCUCCCAGGGGCGUAAACUUUCAAAACCCAGCCAACAGCACUGCAACUCCAAGUUUCAGGCCAUCUGUGCAACCUUCUUAUCAACCGCCUCCAAGCUACAGAAAUCAUGGACCCAUAAUGAAGAACGAGGCUCCUGCUCGAAUCAUUCCUAUCGCUGCUCUUAAUCCGUACCAAGGUCGGUGGGCUAUUAAGGCUAGAGUAACUGCAAAAGGAGAUAUCAGACGAUAUAACAACGCCAAAGGAGACGGGAAAGUAUUCUCCUUUGAUCUGCUUGACUCUGAUGGAGGGGAGAUUCGUAUCACUUGCUUUAACGCUGUCGUUGACCGAUUCCACGAUGUGGUUGAGGUCGGUAAGGUGUAUCUGAUUUCAAAGGGAAGUUUGAAGCCUGCGCAGAAGAAUUUCAACCACUUGAAGAACGAAUGGGAAAUUUUCUUGGAGGCAACAUCGACUGUGGAGCUUUGCCCUGAUGAAGAUGGCUCCAUACCAAGGCAGCAGUUCUCCUUCCGGCCUAUAAGCGACAUUGAGAGCGCUGAGAACAAUACCAUACUCGAUACCAUCGGUGUUGUGACUUCUGUGAACCCCUCGGUGCCAAUCUUGAGAAAGAACGGCAUGGAAACACACAGGAGAGUCUUGAAUCUGAAGGAUGAAUCAGGAAAGGCUGUAGAGGUUACGCUAUGGGGAGAGUUCUGUAACCGAGAAGGUCGGCAACUAGAAGAGAUGGUUGUUGAUUCAGCCUUUUACCCGGUUUUAGCAAUCAAAGCUGGAAAAGUAAGCGACUUCAGUGGGAAGUCUAUUGGGACAAUAUCGUCAACACAGCUAUUCAUCAAUCCAGAUUUCCCUGAAGCUCAGAAACUGAGGAGCUGGUUCGAUCACGGUGGGAAAGAUAUUGCAUCCUCCUCCAUUUCCAGAGACAACAUGCCUGGAGGAGGCUCAAGGAACGAGAUAAGGAAAACUGUUUCGCAGAUCAAAGAGGAAGGUCUUGGAAGAUCAGAUAAGCCAGAUUGGGUCACCGUGAAAGCAACCGUGUCGUUCAUCAAAACCGAUAGCUUCUGUUACACAGCGUGUCCUUUGAUGAUCGGAGAUAAACAGUGCAACAAGAAGGUGACGCAGACGGGGACGAACACGUGGCUAUGUGACCGGUGCAACCAGGAAUCCGAGGAAUGCGACUACAGGUACCUUCUCCAAGUGCAGAUUCAAGACCACAGUGGGUUGACUUGGGUGACGGCGUUUCAAGAAUCCGGCGAAGAGAUCAUGGGAUGUCCUGCUAAGCAGAUUUACACGCUGAAGAACGAGUUGCAGAACGACGAAGAGUUCGCAGAGAUUGUUAGGAACAGGCUGUUUCAUCAGUACUUGUUGAAGCUGAAGAUCAAAGAGGAAUCGUAUGGAGAUGAACAGAGAGUGAAGAUCACUGUGGUGAAGGUAGAUAAGGUAAAUUACACUUCCGAGAGUAAAUACUUGCUCGAUUUGGUCCGAAGAGAGAUCUCAUAA